ACCGCACAGGAGGUUCAACGCGAACAAAUUAUUGGCUUCCAUUCCCGAGCUUCGGUUCGCAUUCAGUGAGGUGAACAACGACCAAGCAUUUUGCUCAAUCCGCGAAGUGCGAAUAACGCAACGAACAACCAACGCAACUGCCAAGACAGGCCAUAAUCUCCACAAAAGAUUGGCACAACCGAGCAAGAUCCCAACAAAGCAACAGAAAGAGACAACAGGCACAACAACACGACCCUGUAGACAAUGAAACUGUAUCUAUACUAUAGAAACAUUACUUCAAAAGAUGUCAUGAAAAUUGACACAAAUCACAGCAGCCAUCAUCAUGUACGGUUGUUCUUCUGGAUAAUACCACUAUUCUGGCUAAACUUUAUCACACUCGUCAAGCUAUACAAAUUCCAUGCCCCACCGUCACUAAUGAACGCGAAUUCGCUGGAAACCGGGAGGCCCUCACGAAAGCUUGAGGUGACAAAAACCGUACCAGAAAGGAAACGCGAGGUCCACUUCCUGAACAGCAGCCACCUUGAGUUUGUCGAUGGGUUUUCGGCGAGCUGGAUUCAAUCCAGAGCGGACUUCAUGGCACAGCCACUGGAGACAGUCCGGGCCUGCGAGCAGGCUUCCUUUAGUGCUUACUAUGGAAAGAGACUGUGGAAAAUGCGCAUGACGCUGGAUUGGAUGGACUGGAGUGUGGAACACUUGAGCAAGUGGUGGAAGAUAUUGGAAUGGGACCUAGAGGGGGAGCAUAUUCCAUUCAACUCAUUCGCGCGGAAAACCAAAGAGUACAUUGAAAACGCACAACAAUUCAUGUUCAACGAAACAGAUGACGCACUGGUAUUGAAGAUACCCUUGCGGUGAUUGCUUACCUACCAUAUGGCCAUUCGAAUCAACCUGAGAUGGGUCACAAACUGACAGCUCUGUCUCUGGCUGCCACAGUGGAGUCACUGAGAAGAGCGGGGAUGGGAAGAGUUGUUGUGGGCGUACUUGAGGAGGAUGACGUUCCAAUGAUCAAGCAUGCCUUCCGAUAUGUCCUUGAUGCAGUGGAGCCUAGCAAUAAAAAGGCUGGCGAUGACAUUACCAAGAUUGGGCACAUGGAGGUUGGAUAUGCCUUUGCCUCUACAGCCUUCACAAAAACAAACUUUAUGCCCAAAAACAUGCCCAGGGCCACUCUAAUGACCCUUAGAGAUGCUAUGAAGUAUACUGAAGUACCAGAAAACGACAGGAGUUUGGGAAUGGCCCAAAACAUUACUGCUUGGCUGGGAACCACACAAAAUCCAUCCUACUGGCAGUAUAUCUAUCUCACUGAGCCAGAUUCUAUUCUACAAACCAGGCAAAGCUCUUUGAAAGCCAUCAAAGCACAAGUUGACAUGGGGGCGGUUGUGUUGCCUCAUCGAUGGCAGAAUCUUCCUCAUGAAUCAGACGUCAGAGGGAUGUCUCCCAGGAAGGGAAAAUUUCUGACUGAGGAGAACUUCCCAGAGGUGUUGGAACUGAACCCAACAGAUGUUUGUUGUGACGAGAACGCAGGUCGUGACUACAAGCCAGGAGUUCCUCCCUACUAUGAAAAAUGCAAUACAGGACCCUUCUGGUAUCUCUGUGGCUUUGACAGACGCAAUCGCAACGACCCAAAUCGUCAUGAUCGAAUCACCAAGUAUGGCCUGAUACGCUUCACGCAAGGCUCCGGGAUUGCCACGAUAGCAGGCAGCAACCACGGGCGCAGGUGCUUCCCCAAGAAGGGUGGCGUUUGUCUACCGAAAAACUUGUAGUCGAGGCCCUCCGAGAAGUAAGUAGGCGACGUUUCACACGCAGUGAUCCAACCCGGGGGUUUCAGGAACUGAAUAGCUAAUUCUAGCUGAUUGGCGUGGGC